GUAAACUACGAACGCAAGUGUCAAGCUGUCUCUCAAUAGACUCAAAGACUUUUACACUCUUGAGUCGCCAAGUUGCAAACUUGCAACAACGACAACAACAACAAGGCUUUGCCAAGUUACCACUUCACCCGUGGACUUCUCCGCCCUCUUGACUGACAACAUCAUCUUCAACUCAGAUAUGUUCCAAACCAUCAUCGUCAACUCGAAAAUACCUGUCUGAGAGUGUUUUUGUAGAAUAUAGAACUUAUGGGUGGGAAGAGUUCAAAACGUUCAACUUCAAGACAGCCUUCUUUUGGGUCUGGAUCACGUUCUUGGAGUCAUCAGAGUUAUCAAGAGGCACCAUAUGCACAACCACCAUUGAUACCAUCAUAUGCUCCGCCAAGCCAAGACUACCGGCACCAGCAGCAUUAUGCUCCUCCACCUCAAAGCCAUGGCAGUGCUUGGCCAACAGGCUCGAAUGUGGGGUCUGGUACCAAGUUUAGGAGAAUAAAUGAUGAUUACAAUAGCCUGGACCAGGUCACAGAUGCAUUGGUGCGUGCUGGUCUUGAGUCAUCCAAUCUUAUUGUUGGCAUUGAUUUCACAAAAAGCAACGAGUGGACAGGUGCAAGGUCAUUUCAUCGGAAAAGCUUGCAUCACAUUGGAGGAGAGCAAAAUCCUUACGAACAGGCAAUUGCAAUUAUAGGGAAAACAUUGUCUUCCUUUGAUGAAGAUAACUUGAUUCCCUGUUUUGGAUUUGGAGAUGCAUCAACCCAUGACCAAGAAGUUUUCAGUUUCUACCCGGACGAGGGAUCUUAUUGCAAUGGAUUUGAAGAAGUAUUGAGACGAUAUAGAGAAAUAGUCCCUCAGCUACGACUGGCCGGGCCGACAUCCUUUGCCCCUAUUAUUGAAAUGGGCAUCACUAUUGUUGAGCAAAGCGGUGGUCAGUACCAUGUAUUGGUGAUCAUAGCCGAUGGGCAGGUGACCAGAAGUGUUGAUACUGGACGUGGCCAGUUAAGCCCACAGGAAAGGAAAACCGUUGAAGCAAUUGUGAAAGCAAGCGAGUACUCCUUAUCAAUUAUACUAGUCGGUGUUGGAGAUGGGCCGUGGGAUAUGAUGAAGGAAUUUGAUGACAACAUCCCCGCCCGGGCCUUUGAUAACUUUCAGUUUGUGAAUUUUACAGAAAUUAUGGCAAAGAAUAUGGAUCGUUCGAGAAAAGAAGCUGAGUUUGCUCUUGCAGCACUGAUGGAAAUACCCUCUCAGUAUAAAGCAACGCUAGAGCUUAAUAUUUUAGGUGCUACAAGAGGGAAGGCUACAGAUAGGAUACCUCUGCCCCCACCUCAUUACGGUUCAUCUCCUUUUAGCUCCCCAAAAACUUCACGAUCAAGUAGUUUUCGUCCAAGUGCACCUUCCAAGCAACGUGAUGAGUUCGUUAGCACAGCAAGUCCUACCGGUUCAGCUUCUGACAAUCAUGCGUGUCCCAUUUGCCUAACCGAUCCGAAGAAUAUGGCAUUUGGUUGUGGGCAUCAGACAUGCUGUGACUGUGGACAAGAUCUCGACUUAUGUCCCAUUUGCAGAACCAGCAUCCACACCCGAAUAAAGCUCUAUUAGGUGUUAAUCUAUGUGAAAUUUGGACUGCUGCAACUUCAACUCCAAGAUCAUUUCAAUUCGUUGCAAUCGUCUUUCAUCAAAAGGAACCGAGUCCCUUGUAGAUAUCUUCCCUUUUCCUGGAUGAAGGACGUCUACGUUUGGAGGUCAUGGUCGUACUUGGACACUCGUGGUUAGAAUCGCUGCUACUGCUAGUUCUGUGUUUGUUUGAAUUUUUGUUUCUUGUCGUUGUUUUCGCGUCUACUUAUUUCUACUUUGGUCCAAUUAAAUUCAUCAUAUAAAUGGUUGUACGCCUUAUGUAUGUACACAAGACAUACUUUAUAUAAUCGGUCAGUAAAGCUCACCUUCUGGCUCAUCUGCAAA